CCUGGCACUGUGCCAAAUAGAGCCUCAAAUUAAUCUGAGGACUGUGUCAAGAUUCAAAAAGUUGUUGAAAAGAUGGGAUAUGGGGCAAAUCCCAGCAAGGUGAAUUUUCACAGAGGCAUACAUGUGCAGACUUACAUUUCAGUAGGAAAAAUCGAAGGCAUGAAUAUAGGCUAAAGGAGAACACACUGAGCAAUGCUACACAUGAUAGGAAUCUGAAUAUUCUGAUAGAUCAUAUGGUGAAUGUGAACCAAUAGGGUGAAGCACCUGACAAAAGCAGUCCUAUUUUUUUUAAUGAGAGAAAUAAAAUACCAAGGUUAAGAAAAGUAAUUAUUUUCUGUUCUGCAUAAGUCAGAAUAAGACUGUUGCACCUAGUUUCACAUUUUAGGAAGGGCAUUGGCAAACUAUAGCAUGUUCAGUGGAGAGCAAUCAAAAUGACAAGAGACCCAGAAGAACAGUGUAUGAAAAAUUGUUGGAUGUAUAGGUAUUUUUAACCAGAAGAAAAGAUUGCAAGGAAUUGUGACAAUUAUUUUCGUGUAUCAGAAUGGCCAUCAUGUAAAGAUAGGGGAGAAUUGUUCAGUUGUUCUAAAUCCUGGGUAAGAAACAAGGGAAUUUAAAUAUGGAAGUAUAUUUAAAUUUGCAGAUAAUACAAAAUUGGGCAGGGUAUCUAAUAACCUAGAAGAGGGAAGUAACACUGAAAGCUAUAUUAUAGGUCAGAGACAUGGGCUGAAAAUAACUAAAUAAAAUUUAAGGGAGAUAUGCAAAUUUCUUCACUUAGGAAAUAGAAAUAAAAGUUGGCAGGUAAAAUGUCUGAGAAUGUGUGGGCACCUGGUUGGAUAAUAACAUGUAUGAAAAGAAUAUUAGAGCACAGUUGAUCACAAGCUGAACAUGAAUUAGCUAUGGCCCAUGGCUGCUAAAAUGGCUAUUCACAACCAGAUCAUGUUCCAAAUCCAUUUCACACAAUCUCCACCAGGAUGGCCAAACUUAGUGGAUUAUGGGAAUUCUUCUAAAGCUCCUUUUCUCUGCAGUUUAGUUGCAUACAUGCAGUAAUUCUGGGUCUGGAUUUUUAUUAAACUAUCAUUAAAAUGUUCUUGGUUAUACUUUAUAUUUUCAAUCAGAAGAAGCAUUAUUAUAUUGUGUUUUGUACUUAAUUGUUUUUAUAUGAUCUUUAAUUAAAAAGUAAUAUGUUGCUAUCUUCCAAAUAGGAACCUUUAAUAUGGAGCAGAAUUCUGAACAAAAGAAGGAUGUCUCUUUUUCUGGUUGCCUGAGUUUUCCAAAUUCUCCAGCAAGAUUGCAGCCUACAAGACACUCGGCCAUUUGGACAAACAAAGAAAUAGUCAACUUUUCAGAUCAACCCAUAACCAACUUAAAUGUUAUACAAACAGAAUAUGCUAAGACUUUGCAUUUAAAGAAUAUUGCUGUGCCUGACAAUGAUGAAAGGAUAAGUACUUCUACUGAAAAACAAGAAGAAAAAGUCAACUCUACAACUGCUAAAGUAGAUAAAGAAAAGAACAUUGCAUUUCUUUUAAAUGAAUUGGAUGUUCUAAGGGCAAACAAUAAGAAGCUUCAGGAUCAACUGUGUGAAAAAGACAAGGAACUGAAGACACUAAAGCUGGACUUAGAGCUACACAAGAGUGUAGCGGAAGCUAAGAUUGCAGAAACGGCUGCAGCUGUGGUAGAAGAAAUUCAUUCCGCACAACACGAACAUGAUGAAGCCAUCAUGGCUAGACUGAAGUUGGCCAGUGAAGAGAGAAAUGAUGCAUGUAAACAAGUAAGGCUACUGGAACAACCUCUUGAAACGCUAGAAAAUAUUAACCCUGAAGAAAAUGACAUGACAUUACAGGAAUUACUGAACAGAAUAAACAAUGCAGACACCGGUAUGGCGAUAUGGAAGACAGGAGCUAUAAUUGUCGAUCGCAUAUACAGGACCCAGAAACAGAAAAAGAAAAUAACAGCUGAAGAAAUGAAUGCAUUGAUAGAAGAGAGAGAUGCUGCACUGGUUCAAUGCAAACGGCUGGAGCAGGAGCUUCAUCAUAUGAAAGAGCAGAACCAGACUUCUGCAAACAACCCUAGACAUCUGACUGCUAAAAACAAUCAAGAACGUGCUCUGAAGGAAAAAUUGCUUGCUAUGCAACAAGAGAGAGAAGCUGCCAUUCAUCAGUAUAAAAGUCUAGAAGAAGAACUGCAGACUCUUCGUAUUUAUUACAGUUUGCAUCAAGCUCUAUCCCAAGAAGCAAAUCUUAAGGAUCAGUUCAAUUCCACACUUAUAACAUAUGAAAAAGCUUUGAAAAAUAAAGAUGAUAUUGUCUCCAUGCUCCUUCUUCAAAAUGAGGAGCUGGUAACUCAGCUCCAGCAAAUGGCAGCAGAGAAAACAAGUAUAGAAUUAAAAUUUCAGCAAGCUUCAGAUGCUUUGCAAGAGACCACUGAAAAACUUCAAAAGUAA